UACAUUUUCCAUUUAAAAAAAGCUCAAGCUUUGCUAUAAUUUGCAUGCAAAAGCUGGAAUAAUCUUUCCAGAGUUUCUUACAAAAAUGGCAGAAAUACGAGACGAGUUUGGCAACCCAAUACAGCUUACUGAUGAACAUGGCAACCCCGUCCAAUUAACCGAUGAAUAUGGCAACCCCAUGCACCUCACUGGUGUCGCCGUCACCACUGCCGAGCCCGAAAAGCUCGCCGCAACGGAUUUGGAAACCACUCCGGCGACUCGGACUGCAGCUGCUGCUGGUGCAAGAGAGCAGCAAGUACAGCAGGAGCAGCAGCAAGUACAGCAGGAGCAGCAGCAUGAGGAGGUUAAGCGGUCCAGCAGCUCCAGCUCUGGCUCCUCUGAGGAUGAAGGACAAUUAGGAGGGGAAGGAGAACAAGGUACGAGGAGGAGGAGGAAGAAGGGAUUAAAGGAGAAAAUAAAGGAGAAGUUGACAGGUGGGAAGCAAAAGGUGGAGAAUUCACACGCCACAGCUGUUUCUGCAACAACCACAACCACAGCUUCAUCAACUAGUCCUAGUGGUUUUCAACACCAUGAGCAUGAGAAGAAAAGUGUGAUGGAGAAGAUCAAAGAAAAAUUGCCUGGCCACCAUGCCACUUAAAUUAACCCCUCUGUAUAUAUUUAUAUGUGCCAGCUGUAUCUCCUGUUGUCUGUAAAAGCUAGCUAGCUUGUUUUCUUGUCGAUCGAGUUGUGCAUGCAUCUUGGUGUUGGAUUUGCUUUGCAGGUGGAGUGAGCCGGUUUGAGUUUGUGUCAAUACUUUCUUUAUAGGGUACUUGGUCCAUGUAUUGAGAUGUAAGAAAUUUCACCUUCUUUAAUUUACAAAUAAAUGUUUGGUCGACA